CUCCGAUGGAUCCUUCUUCUCUAACAAUGACCAAACUCAGAAAUUAUAAGAAGUAAAGACAACAAUGGCGAGUGCUACCUUCUCCUUCUGCCCUCUCUCUCAGUCCCAUUCCCAUUAUUCUCUCAUCAAACCGACGCCGUUUCUCAGAUAUGGCAAGAAACUACACCAUCUUCACCACCACAUCUUCAUCACCAUCUCUUACCCAACUCAACAUUCUCGUUACCUCGCUGUCUCAAGAGACGAUGCCACGACGCCUCUUGCUUCAUCCGACCAAACCCAAGAAACAGAGACCAAAGAAGCUGAAGACACUAUAGAGAAACGAAGAAUGGAGGAGAAGUUUGCAGUUCUAAACACUGGGAUAUAUGAGUGUAGAUCAUGUGGUUACAAGUACGAUGAAUCAGCGGGUGACCCAUCGUACCCGAUUCCACCAGGUUUUCAGUUUGAUAAGUUGCCUGAAGAUUGGAGAUGUCCUACUUGUGGAGCUGCUCAGAGUUUCUUUGAGAGUAAAAUGGUUGAGAUUGCUGGUUUUGCUCAGAAUCAGCAAUAUGGACUUGGUGGCAAUGCUCUUACUUCUGGUCAGAAGACUGGUUUAAUCUUUGGCUCUCUCUUACUCUUCUUCAUGCUUUUUUUGAGCGGCUAUUUCAUCCAAUAAUUAUGUUAAUGAUGUUACCAAUUUUUAUAAUGUUUCAUUACACCAUUAUUCUCAUCAAUAUGAUACUACCAUCCAUUCUAUUGAAAAAGCCUGGUCAGAAGAACCUUAAUCUAACAAUGUUACUCCAGUGGUAGAGAUAUUCUUACUCGGAUUUGAAAACGAAUAGAGAAAUGCUGUAGAA